CCGCGUCCGUGCACUGACUGCAUGACUCGUAGUGCAGCUGGCAACCAGAUCGUUGAACGAUUUUUGUUGUCAAUUCCUUUUUCUGCUUUGUUUUGGAGGCAUCCACGAGUGGAAAGUCACAACAGUUACAUGAUUGUACAUGUAUGUAGAGUUCGUAUCCUGCAGAGAUUUGUUGAACGCAAUGAAGCAGUGAAUUCCUUCUCUCGCCUGGACAUAAUUGGGUAGUCAGUUCCCAUUUAGCUGACCUGGCUGUGGAACACUGAUUUAUGGGUUUGAAAAUGCAAGUAGGUGUGUAAUCAAUUUCGCUCUUCUGGUCAACUGGAGGGUGUGAUGUGCUGGUUUCCCUAUCAUGAGUGGUACGUACACUAGCAUUGGGAACCCAUCAUCCAACACAGCCAUGUGGCAAAUGAAUUUCGAUGAAGCUGGCUUUGCCAGCGGGUUCUCAAAUCAGCCAUCUGGAGUGAGCACGGCAGCUUCAACCACGGCAGCUCCCAACUUCGCAAACUUUGAUGCUCCAGGCCACACAUCGUCGCCUGCCAACACCACCACUACAUGGAACACCGAGUUGUCUGCUCCGAGUCCCAAGAAUUCAGGUGGACAGUCACCAUGGAUGCGCCCUAUGCCAUCACCUUCCACCCAACGCUUGGAUCAAUCUGCAGCGACUCAGUCGAGUGGGCUACCCUCUAUUUCUACAACCGCACCUAAAGUCCAUAUCCGCAGUGCAGAGGAAUGCGCUGCUAACCCUCCAGCGGCGUUUGGUGACCUGUGUAGUAUCGCACCGCCUCCGCCUGUCAAUGUUCGACAGAAGACAUCUGUUGGCGAAGGUAUUUCUCGGACGCGACCCGGAACAGAACGCAAAUCGCGGAUGCGUCGCCACUCUUCUAUGGACGAUUCCUCGUCGACAACAGAUGGCAACACUGACCCCAUGGCUAGCCUACACCAGCAAACGCCCAACACUCGGCACAUGGUGUUGCCAGGUGCUAUGUCCUUUGAUCUCUCCAGUCCGUCAAGGACCGAGUCAGACACAUCAUCUCCCUGGAGUGCGGUUAAUAACACAGCAGAUGGGUCACGAAUAACGCACUCUGAGUUGAGCCCUGCGCCCCGGUCAGACGCUGCUUCUUCCGUAUCUCUAUUAGAUAGCAGCCUCCAGUCAUCAGCCAUCUCGAUGCGAGAGACGCAUUCGAACAUCGGCCUAUCAGCGCCCCUCAUCCCGGACACUACCACCAUCACACCUCCGCCUCUCCGACACCCAGCUCAAAUGCAAGGUGAUGGUCUCGAGCAGCAACAGCAACAGGAGCCGCCGAGCGAUGACUGGACUAUCUCGCAGCAGCAGCGAGAGUACUACGAGACCCAGUUCCGCAACCUUGCGGAUAACCAAGAAGUGGUCACCGGUGCCAAAGCAAGAGGCUUCUUCCUCAAGUCGCGCCUCCCCGCUCCUGAGCUUUCCCAGAUCUGGAGACUGUCGGAUGUGGAUAACGAUGGAGCACUGAAUUCAAUAGAGUUCUGCGUCGCCAUGCAGCUGGUCUUUGCAAGGAGACGCGGUAUUGAUUUGCCCGACGCUCUACCACCGCCACUGGUUGCUUUCCACCGCGAUUGUUCAGCAGCUACUUUAGCUCCACACGCCGUGCCGUCUCCCUCUCAGCUGCCACUUUUGAAUCGAACACCGGAUCCGAGUGAUUCGGACAGCGAUGAUGAAGCUAAUAUCGUCACAGCUGCGACUUCCACUGGCAGUGCGUGGCAAGGCUCAACCCUAUCAACAGAAACAGAUGGAAAACCGUCUUUGAAGCCUAAGCCAAGUCCUGCCGGCAAAGACCGACCUGUCUUGCCCAAACGACCGACUCAGCCUGACAUUGCCUCUCCAAAUCGAUCGUCUGAACCUGGAUCUCCGCACCACCGUUCAGCGGAUGCUGACAGCCUGUCCUCGCUCAAGCCUGAUCACAAAAAGCCAACGCGUCCUGCGAAGAGCGCCACUCUGGGGCGCGGUCCCGUGCAACCGCUGGACCGCUCCAGCACCGGCUGGUCGCAGGAAGCUGGUGAUCUCAUCGGGCGACAAGCAGCGCCCGAGCCCGCUCCGCGCGUUCCCAGGCGUGCCGUGAGCGGCCACCAUCGCGGCGGCAGUGUUGGUGAUCCUCGCUUAAUGGCGAGUAUCACCAGUGGCGACUUCCCGCCGCAUGUACCCACCCGUGAAACGGUGUCCACUGGUAGUGAUAAUCGACCUUCACAUUCCACUGUGGCUGAGCUUGGCAGUUUACUUGAGGGCAGAAUGUCCGAAACCAGAGGUCACCCGGCUAAAGCAGAGGACUCUCCCAAGCACUCGUCGCUUGAUGUUGCAGUUCACGAGGGUUCGGUUGCUGCAGCUGCUGCAGAACUGGCCCAAGCCCUGCAAGGUCCACCCACGAUUCGCGCAGGUACAACGCCG